UUUUGAAUGCCUUAACUGCAGCAGCACGUUUAAUAAACAGCCAGUCAUUUUGUUUAGGUAAACUUGUUUAUAAAGAUGACUGAUAUCACAUGGUGAUUUAUUUCUCACAACGUGUUUGUCGAGACUAGACUUAUUCAUAUUAAAAUGGCUUCUUGUUUCUGGUCUUUGAUUGUAAUACUGCAUUUCUACAUAUGUCACGGCGCUCUGUUAGCAAAUGAACCUAGAACCACUGAAAAGAAUAAAUCAACCGAAAAGGAUUCUGACCUUCUGCGACAAUUGCUGAACCAGGAGACCUUGAUGAGAAUGUCCCUAGCAAGGGAUGUACAAUCUCUUCUGAAAUAUCAAAGAAUGGCAGAGGAAGGGAGACAAGCAACGAACAAGACCCUAAGUGACUUGGAGGCCAGUGUUUACCGUUUGACAGUUGCUGCAGGAUCUCUGGAAAAGCAGAUAAAGCACAUGUCAAACGAGGUUUCAGAUUUACAAAGAAACAAACAGGAAAUAGAGAGGGAUAUUGUUGAAUUAAGCAACCAGACAUCCGAACUGCAGACCGUAACUCUCAAUAAAGUGAAUAUAUUUUCAUCAAACAUAGCAGGUGUAAAGAAUGGGAUUAAAGGAUACGCUGAUGCAAUUGUUCAGGCAGCAUGCGCUGCUGUGUCAAGUGAAGGGUUCAUUUCAGCCAUCAGAAGAACUUGUUCGAAUGAUUCCCCAUCAUGUGAACAAGUGUGCAUGGACGCCACCUCGCAAAUGAAAUCUAAGGUUUCAAACCAGGGCGGUAAACAGGCAAGAUGUUCUCAGGCGUUCCAUUUCUAUGAAACAGGACAGGAGCCCCGCCCUGGUGUCGUAGGACAAGUCAAUAAGAUCAUGUAUCGCUACAAACAAAAUGCCUGCUCAAUGCAGUUCUGUGGUCCCAAUUUCUGCUGCUGUAAAGUUUAGAAGUCAUGAACACGCAUUACAGCUCUAACUCUUUGUUAUAUCUUCUUAAUUGAAAUACAAUUUCAAAGACUUAGAGUGCAAUGAUAUAUUAACAUUGAAUAGAGGAACAUUAGUGACGCAAUAUUUUGUAUUUUAGAUUAAAAUCAGAUGGAUGUUUCAUAUAAAAAAAAUAAUACAUGUGCUUGAGUUAUAUUUAGUUUGAAAAUAUCGAUUUAUAAUGACAUUGGGUACUCUUUCAAUUAAGCUCUUUAGACCCUCCCUCAGUUUUAUAUGGAAUUAUCAUGAUUACAACGGUAGUAAUAAAUUAAGUCUCCAGGUAGUGUAGUGGAUAAUACACUCGCUUCUUACCGUUGCGACCAGAGUUCGAUCCCCCGUGAUGGACAGCGAUUGUAAGUGAUAGGGUAUGGCGGUCGACAGUUUGGACAUGUGGGUUCUCUCCGAAUACUCCAGCUUCCUCCUACAUCAAUGACCCCCUCGCGCUACCAUCCGUGCCAGCUUUUUUGA